AGUGACAAGAACUGCAGAGUAGGCUACUAUAAACAUCUACGCACAAUGAUAACAGAUGAAUGCAUGCUGUCCAGAUUAAGGCGGCGUUUUUUCUUUUGGAUAUAACGUUCUUGAGGUAGGCUAUGCGCAAGACUUCGACGCAAGGGAGGGGAGGUCUGAUGACGCGCGAGAAGAGGUAGGCUAGUUGAUGAAUUGCAAUUAGGAUUGGGGUAGGCUAUACAUUUGAGAAGAAGACCAUUGGAAAAUUCGGAUCCUAGGAAAUUUGAUAAAUACAUGGUUUAACCAGUUACCUCUCAUGGCUCAAACCAUUGAUUUCACCUUGGCUUAGGGUUGAACACCUCCGCAAGCAUCGGCAAUGCACUCUAGCCUAGAAAUAGGGUUCUAAAUUGCUAUGUCGUUCUCGACCAUAAGGACCGUUUGUCAUGGUCGUACAAUUGAGCAACGGAAAUAUUGAAAUGCAUUUGUAGGUUAGCCUAUAAUUGACAUUCGUCAAUUUGCGAUCCAAACCCGCACCUACCAUCGUCCAUUCCAGGUGAAGCUUUGGCUGGGAGUUUGAGUUUCAAGACCCCACAAAUCACACCACAUGGAGGUUAAAGGACGCCUUAUCACAUCAAUGGGUUUGGGGACUCCAGAUCUUCAAAGCUGUCAGGACACCAAACUGCAAGCAGAACGCAUCUUAUCACUGCAGGAGAGGAAGCAAGCCCUCGAAGCUCUCCUGAGUAGUCGAGUUGGAGAACUGAAACAAGUCUGUUUGUUAGAAGCGGAGCUGACUGGAAAGCUCCCACAUGUUUUCCCCUUGGAGACAGGAGAGAGACCUCCCUUGGUACAACGCAGGACUGGUCUGGCCCCUAUCUCUAAGGGAGAGGAUGAGUCAGGCCAGAAAAGACAGAUGAAGGCUCUCUUCAGUGGAGCUUUGUACAAGCAUUCCGAAUCAGACAAAAAUGCCCCAAACAGCAAGAGGACUGUCCAUCGUGGAUGCCAUACAGAAGAUGCUGUCAUGUCAGAGAGUACCAGCUCCAUGUCAGAUUCAACAUCACAUGACAAUGAGGAGUUGUCUCCUGGUGUGGCUGUGGACCACAGGUCUAUGUCUCACCCACGCCUGACACUGGGGAGCCCUGAUCACAGGAUCAGUAGGAAGCUGUCCCCUGUGGAGAUCUACUAUGAGAUGAGGACACGUCGCAACUCAGUCACAAGCUCUGUUAGCCCUAGUCAUUCUCUACCAAGGAGUGCAUCUAAUGUGGAAGGCAGAAGUGUUCCUGUCACUCCCCUCUUGGCUCGAACAGCUCCCAUCAGUGUUCAUGUCAGAUCGGAUGUCCCAGGGGGGAUUGCUCUGAAGCAGUGGUCAGGCAGUCUGGAUGUACCACUCAUGAUCCCUCUGGCCCAGGAAGGGUCCGCUUCGGAGCGCAGAGGCUGCCCAUACAGUGCCUGUGCCCGACGCAGUAACAGCUCUGAAGCUUUGCUAGACCGCUCUGGCCUUCCAGAGGACCCUGUCCCAAGGAACGGGAUGCCCUCUAGGGGAGGACCCUACAAGAGCUCUGACUCCCUCACCGAUGGCAAACUGCGCCACAUUCACCUGGGCAGCCCAGAGAGACACUUGGACGGCUUAGUGGAGCAGAGCAAAAUGCGCCUAUCCAUGGGUGGCAGAGGGGCAGGAGGUGGUUAUAAUGAUCUCCUGAUGGAUUACAUCUGGGGAAAACAACAGCAGAUGCAAGUGCAGCACCAGCUCUAUCAGUCAACAGGCAGAAUCUGGCAGGACAUUUCCUCUCCACGAUCCUCAACUGCUGCUGUACCUCCUCACACCAACGGCUUCUCCCACUCACAGGUGCACCUCCCCAGUGUUGCGUCUCCUUACAGCCCCAUGGUGAUACGUGGCUGCAAUGCCGAGCAGCGAAGAGUCAAAGUUACCCGGACCAAAUCCUGUGGGCCUUUUAUCCCAUUGCAGCAACAUCAGCAGGACACCAUCCUGCUAUCUGCUUACGAGUCUCCCCACCCUGCCCCAAGUUCCACCACCUCCUCUAUCCCCAACCUGCACCCUUAUCAGACUGAUCUGUCGGGCCCAACAUUCAACCGCAGGCCCCCACAGUUCUCUCUUCCUACCCCAGAGGACUCAACACGGAGCUUGCACAAAGCCCUUGCACUAGAGGGUCUUAGAGACUGGUACCUCAGGAAUGCCCUAGGAUUUACCCCUGCCUCCUCAAAGGGCCAUGAAGCGGGUGUUUCUCGCCUAUCUCACCCACAUCCAUUGGUGCACCAGGCAUCUAUCCAAGGUGAUCCACUAAACCUUCACAGAUCUCAAAUGCCCCAGUCAGCAAGCUUCCAUGGUCACCCACUGCAUGGAAGGUCAAUGGAGUUCUCCCUCUAUCAGGAGCCCACUCUUCCUCAGAUGCAAGAUACAACUCCAAAGGAGCCCAGUCCUGAUCCAGGCACCUUGGUGUAAAUAAGCAGAUCUACAUUAUCAAACAUGCACAUGACACACACAAACACACACACUGAAGAAAAAGUGACCUCAGAUAAAAACAUUAUUAACCUCAAUAGAAAAAUACUUAUGGACAAAACUGUAGCUAUAAAGUCUGAAAAG